AUCCAAAACUCAAUCAUUAUCACCAAUAUGACUCCAUACAAAAGAAAUAUUCUAUAGAUAUAGGAGCGGUGCACUCACAAUCAUUCGGCAUCUUGACGAGCAAAAUCGCCAAUCAUGUAUCUCCGCUCAAUACACGCAGAAACCCACAUCCCGGCACUGCGCCAAUUCAUUCGCGCAAACCCGCUGGGCGAAAUCAUAACUACCAUCAACUUGCCAUCGUAUCCGCUCAUUCAACUUUCCCACGUUCCCUUCAUCCUGGAUGUGGAAAAUGAGUCGGACGAAAAGGAACUCGGGACGCUGAGGGGCCACAUGGCGCGGGCGAAUCCCCAAUCCAAAGCCAUGAUCGAAGAGCUCACGAACACUGGCUCCAGGACGGAAGAUGGCAGCAGCGGAUUCCUGGAGAGAGAAGUCAUGGUGUUGUUCAAUAGCAGCGCGCACCACUACAUCACGCCGAAAUUCUACAAGGAGACGAAGCCGAGCACGGCAAAAGUCGUGCCGACUUGGAACUAUUCUGCCGUGCAGGCCUACGGGAAAGCUAGGAUCUACUUCGACUCGAAAUCUCCGGUCACGGAUGCGUAUUUGGAUAAGCAGGUCGCGGAGUUGAGUGAGAUGUGCGAGAGGAACAUCAUGGGAUACGAUAAGCCGUGGGAGACGAAGGAUGCACCGGAGAAAUAUUUGGAUAUAAUGAAGAAGGCAAUCAUCGGUGUUCAAAUUGAUAUCACGUCAUUAGGCGGAAAAGCGAAGAUGAGUCAGGAAUCGACGAAAGGAGAUCGUGAGGGUGUGAUUGAGGGAUUCGAAGCCAUUGGAACGGAUCUUGCAAAGGAGAUUGCGGAGACUGUGAGGGCCAAGAGUAACGGGAAGAAAUGAUAUCCAACUGAACAGACAGAGAACAAUGAUAAUUACAUUUCAC